GGGACUGGGCGGGAGCUCUGGGGGCCGGGCCGGGAGUUUAGGGGACUGGGCGGGAGCUCUGGGGGCCGGGCCGGGAGUUUAGGGGACUGGGCGGGAGCUCUGGGGGCCGGGCCGGGACCUGGGGGUGGGCCGGGGCUGGGGGGACUGGCCGCGCGUGGAAGGCGGGGUGUAGGCCGCGCGUCACCGCUUGGCGCCGCCGGCGGAGGAGGCUCGGGAGCGGGGGGAUCCCGGCUCCUGCCCGGCGGGGACGCGCGCGGCGCUCCGUGAGUGGGGGCCGGGGCCCAGCAAUGGGGGCGCCCUGGCGCUUCUCCCUGAGGGCCUGCUGGUCGCACCUCCGGGGGCCGGAGCUCAGACGGGGCCUCUGUCUCCCGAGACCCCCGGGGUGUCCGCGCCACGCUAGGCUCUGCUGGCUGCUGCUGGGCGCGCUGCCCAAGCUCGUCUCAGUCUCCGGGGACGUGGGGGAUGGCGCCCCCGAGAGCCGGGCGCUGGGCAGGGCCAGCUGGAGGGGCCCCGGGAGCCCCGGGCCGCUGGAGGCCCGAGAAGGUUGGCGCGGAGGCGUCCUCCCGCACCUGCGCUUGUGCCUGCGCGCCGGGGCGCUGCUGCUGCGCUUCCUGCCCUUGCUGCUGCUCUACCCACUCACCUACCUGGCCCCCGGCGCCGCCCGCCUCUGGCUGCACCUGCUGCUCAAAGCCACCGAGACCUCGGGCCCCACCUACAUCAAACUGGGCCAGUGGGCCAGCACCCGGCGCGACCUCUUCUCCGAGGCCUUCUGCGCCCAGUUCUCCAGGCUGCACGUCCGCGUGGCCCCGCACCCCUGGGCGCACACCGAGCGCUUCCUGCGCGGGGCCUUCGGCGAGGACUGGGCCCGGGCGCUGAGCUUCGCCGGGCGGGAGCCGGUGGGCUCGGGCUGCGUGGCGCAGGUGUACAAGGCCUACGCCGAGCCCGCCUUCCUGGACCUGCCCAGCACCCAGAGACUGGCACCCCGCGCCCGCAGCCCCGGGCUCACAGGUGGCCCCGCACACCUGGGCAGCCGCAGCAGGGCUCCGGGCAGCCUCACUGACCAGACGUUUCUUGAAAGGCUGCUCCUCCCUGAAGCUGGCCAGAUGGAGCCCACCGCAACCCAGCCUCUGGGCCUGAGGGGUCCCCUCCUCCCGGUGGCCGUGAAAGUGCUGCACCCUGGCCUGCUGGCACAGGUGCAGAUGGACCUGAUGCUGAUGAAACUGGGCAGCCGUGUCCUGGGGCUCCUGCCUGGGGUCAAGUGGCUGAGCCUGCCCGAGAUCGUGGAAGAGUUCGAGAAGCUCAUGGUCCAGCAGAUUGACCUGCGCUAUGAGGCACAGAACCUGGAGCACUUCCAGAGCAACUUCCUGCACGUGAGCUCCGUCCGCUUCCCCACCCCCCUGCGCCCCUUCGUCACCAGCAACGUGCUGGUGGAGACCUAUGAGGAGAGCGUGCCGGUGUCCAGUUACCAGCAGGCGGGCACCCCCGGGGAUCUGAAGAGGAGGAUCGCUUGGCUGGGCAUCAACAUGCUCCUGAAGAUGAUCUUUGUGGACAACUUCGUGCACGCAGACCUGCACCCAGGGAACAUCCUGGUGCAGGGCGCCGAGGCCAGUGACGCGCUGGUGGCAGCUGCCCCACCAACCAGCCCGCUCCGCCUGGUGCUGCUGGAUGCAGGUAUUGUGUCCCGGCUGCAGGCUGCUGACCUAAAGAACUUUCGAGCCGUCUUCCUGGCUGUGGCCUUGGGCCAGGGUCAGAAGGUGGCUGAGCUCAUCUUGCACCACGCCCGGGCCAGUGAGUGCAGGGAUGUGGAGGGGUUCAAGGCUGAGAUGGCCGCGCUGGUGACACAGGCCAGAGAGCAGACCAUCACCCUGGAGAAGCUUCAAGUUUCCAGCCUUCUCUCGAAUGUCUUUAAGUUACUGAUGACUCACAAGGUCAAGCUGGAGAGCAACUUUGCAUCCAUUGUGUUUGCCAUCAUGGUGCUGGAGGGGCUGGGCCGCUCACUGGACCCCAAGCUGGACAUCCUGGAUGCAGCGAAACCCUUCCUACUUAAAGGAGCAGCUUCUCUCUGACCAUGGCCAUGGGCCUGCAGUGGGCCUUCCUCUCAGAACCCAAGAGCCUCAGCAGUUGCUCUGCUCAGAACAUGGGGCCACUCCCAGAAGCCUCUCCUGUAGCAACUUGAACAUUUAAAGACUGAGAUGUGUGGAGGGCAGAUCCAUGUGUCCCCAUCUGACUGUCUCAAAAGCACCAGCUAUAAGCACUUUGGAUUGUCUUAUGAAGGGAAAGAAAAGUCCUACCAGUUAAUCAUGGACGCUGGGCCUGGUGCAGGGAGACUUGAUUUCAGGGAUGAUGUCCUCCGGAGGACAAAUAAAACUUUUUUUUUUUUCCUUCUUGUUAUGUCUCUUCUCUCCCUUGAGCUUUUCUCUUUAAAAUAUUUAUUUAUUUU